AUGCAGCAAAAGAGAAAAGCCAGCGAGUCUGGUAAAAUGACACUUCCCCUGGCCCUGGUGGCUCUGAUUUCUGCCUUUGGCUCUUCCUUCCAGUACGGCUACAACGUGUCUGUGAUCAACUCUCCUGCCCCGUACAUGCAGGACUUCUACAACAGGACCUACCUGGACAGGACAGGGGUGCCCAUGGACAGAGGCUUCCAGACACUGCUCUGGUCUCUCACUGUGUCCAUGUUCCCUCUGGGAGGCCUCUUUGGGUCGCUCCUGGUGUGGCCCAUGGUCAAUAACUGUGGCAGAAAGGGCACUUUGCUGAUAAAUAACCUCUUCUCCAUCGCUGCUGCCAUCCUUAUGGGAACCUCAGAGCUGGCAAAAACCUUUGAAGUAAUCAUCCUUUCCCGUGUUCUCAUGGGAAUAUUUGCUGGGCUGGCUUCCAAUGUGGUUCCCAUGUUCCUUGGAGAAAUGUCCCCCAAAAACCUGAGAGGAGCUGUGGGGGUGGUGCCACAGCUCUUCAUCACCAUUGGCAUCCUUGCAGCUCAGAUCCUCGGGCUCCACCGCAUCCUUGGCAAUGCUCAAGGGUGGCCUGUGCUGCUGGGGCUCACUGGGAUCCCGUCCCUGAUCCAGCUCCUGACACUGCCCUUCUUCCCCGAGAGCCCCAGGUACCUGCUCAUCCAAAAGGGCACCGAGGAGCAGGCACGGAGAGCUCUGCAGAGGCUGAGGGGCCAGCAGGAUGUGGAUGAGGAGAUACAGGAGAUGUACCAGGAGGACCGCUCCGAGAAGGAGGAGGGGCAGUUCUCUGUGCUCAGCCUGUUCACCUUCAGGGGCCUCAGGUGGCAGCUCAUCUCCAUCAUCGUCAUGAUGGCAGGGCAGCAGCUCUCGGGGGUCAACGGGGUUUUCUACUAUGCAGACAGGAUCUUUGAGUCAGCAGGGGUGCACAGCAGCAGCAUCCAGUAUGUCACUGUGUCAAUAGGUGCCAUCAAUGUGGUCAUGACUCUGCUGGCUGUUUUCAUCGUGGAAUCCCUGGGGAGGAGGAUCCUUCUCCUGGCUGGCUUCGUGCUGUGCUCUGCCUCCUGUGCAGUGCUAACUCUGGCCCUCAACCUCCAGAGCACUGUCUCCUGGAUGUCCUACCUCAGCAUAGUCUGCGUCAUUGCCUACAUCAUUGGACACGCCAUCGGACCCAGUCCCAUUCCUGCUGUGAUGAUCACGGAGAUGUUCCUGCAGUCGUCCCGACCCGCGGCGUUCAUGGUGGGGGGCUCUGUGCACUGGCUGAGCAACUUCACCGUGGGGCUGCUCUUCCUCUACAUGGAGGCUGGCCUGGGGCCCUACAGCUUCCUCAUCUUCUGUGCCAUCUGCGUCGCCACCGUGCUCUACAUCUUCUUCAUUGUUCCUGAGACCAAGAAUAAAACCUUCAUGGAAAUCAACAGGAUCAUGGCCAAGAGGAACAAAGUGGAGGUUCAGGAAAGCAAAGAGCUUAAAGAUUCCUACCCCCUGAGCAGGCAGGAAGAGAAGAAAUGGCUCUCCAGCAGUGAGAUGUGACCCAGCUGUGUUUGGCCUGACAGGAUCUGUUCAGCAGGAAAACAAAUCCAGGGAUUCCUCCUUUGAUGCUGAUCUGACAAUCACAGAACUGUUAAGGCUGGAAAAGACUUUCGACAUCAAAUCCAACUGCAAACCUAAUGCUGCCAAG